UUUGCCGCCAGUUUUAAGCGGUAUUAGACAACUCUGUGUAUUCUCUAGUUCCUUCCAAUGGAAGACGAAGUUGAAUCCAUAAGUUCAGAUUCCGAUACCUCCGAUUCCAUUGUAGAACUUCAGGAUCACGACGAUGACGAUCGAGAUUUCACAGUUGAAGAUGGAGACAAACAUGUCGAUUGUGUCCCCAUUGACGACGACGAUGAUCACAGGUCACAAAAUGUCGAUGCCCUAAUUAGAGGAAACCUAAUUGCGACACGAGCACCGUUGCUUCCACGAGUUCUUUCCGUAUCGGAUGGAGCCGCGGUUGCAAGAAAGCCGUUCAAACCACCAUUCUCUAAGGGUUUGAGUAAUUCCAAGGAAGAUUUGCUUAGGCGGCUUUUGGCCCGUAAACGAUUUGUCCCAUGGCGGAGUCCUACAAGCUCAGUUUCGACUCCUUUAGUGAAUAUUCAAGUUCCGGAGGUUGACGUGGAAGAUGACCUUGAAGAAGUCAUGACUUUGCCUCCUGGAAUCGAGCCAUUAGUUUUAUGGGAACCUGAAGAGUCUAAGGAUGAAGGGGAUGACUCGACACCCAUUGCUGUUGAUUCCUCGCUUGUUCGUUUCCUUCGGCCUCAUCAAAGGGAAGGUGUGCAGUUUAUGUUCGGAUGUGUCUCUGGGUUAUCUUCUCCUACUAUUAACGGAUGCAUUUUGGCUGAUGAUAUGGGUUUGGGGAAAACUCUACAAUCUAUCACAUUGCUGUUUACUCUUCUGCGGCAAGGAUUUGAUGGAAAACCUAUGGUUAAAAAGGCGAUUAUAGUUACUCCUACAAGUCUUGUGAGCAACUGGGAGGCAGAAAUAAAAAAAUGGGUACAGGAUAGAGUUCAGAUUAUUGCUCUUUGUGAAAGCAGCCGAGAGGACAUCAUGUCUGGAAUUAAUAAUUUCACAAAUCCAUGCAGUACAACGCAGGUAUUGAUUAUUUCAUACGAGACAUUCAGGAUGCAUGCUCCAAAAUUCAGCGUUCCUGGAUCAUGUGAUCUCCUUAUUUGUGAUGAGGCUCACAGGCUAAAAAAUGAUCAGACGAUCACAAACCGGGCAUUGGCUUCCCUUGUAUGCAAGCGCCGCAUUUUGUUAUCUGGUACACCAAUGCAGAAUGACCUUGAAGAGUUUUAUGCCAUGGUUAAUUUCACCAAUCCUGGAAUUUUGGGGAAUGCCACACAUUUUCGGAGGUAUUAUCAGGCACCUAUUGUAAAUGGGAGAGAACCUACAGCCACCGAUGAAGAAAAAAAUGUUGGUCUUUCACGCUCAGAAGAAUUGAGUUCAAAAGUCAAUCAGUUUAUAUUGAGAAGAACAAACGCAUUGCUAUCCAAUCACCUACCACCAAAGAUUGUUGAAGUUGUUUGUUGUCAACUAACCCCUUUGCAGUCGGAAUUAUACAACCAUAUUAUACAAUCAAAAAAUGUAAAAAAGGUUAUUAGUGAAGCAGCAAAACGAGCUAAAAUUUUAGCAUACAUUACGGCCCUUAAGAAGCUCUGCAAUCACCCAAAGCUCAUCUACGAUGCAAUAAAAGCUGAAAAUUCAGGUAAAUCAGACUUUGCGGACUGCUUGAGCUUUUUCCCUCCAGAAGUUUUUGCUGGAAGAUCUGGAGCAUGGACUGGUGGUCAUGGUCUUUGGGUUGAAUUAUCAGGGAAAAUGAAUGUUCUAGCACGCUUAUUAUCUCAGUUGCGACAAAAAACAGAUGAUCGGAUAGUCCUAGUUUCAAACUACACUCAGACUCUCGACCUCUUUGCUCAAUUGUGCCGGGAAAGAAGAUACCCAUAUUUGAGACUUGAUGGAUCAACGUCAAUUGGCAAACGACAAAAGCUGGUCAACAGUUUCAAUGAUAUGUCUAAGGCUCUUAUUUUGCAGGAUGAAUUUGCUUUUCUCUUAAGCAGUAAAGCUGGUGGUUGUGGACUGAACUUGAUUGGAGGAAAUCGCUUGGUCUUGUUUGAUCCUGACUGGAAUCCUGCCAAUGAUAAACAAGCUGCUGCUAGAGUUUGGAGGGAUGGACAAAAGAAGAGGGUGUACAUCUACAGGUUUCUGAGCACUGGAACAAUUGAAGAGAAGGUUUACCAGCGUCAGAUGUCAAAAGAAGGGCUGCAGAAAGUAAUUCAACAGGAGCAAGUUGAUCGUGACCAGGGGAACUUCUUUUCCACAGAAGAUCUUCGUGACCUUUUUACAUACCAUGCAGAUGUCAGGUCUGAGAUCCAUGAAAAGAUGAACUGUGUUCGAUGUAAACGUAGUGAUUCCAUACAAAAUGGCAUACCUGAGAAAAAUGUGGAGGUCAAUGAAACUGAUUUAAUUGGUGAUGCUUGCCAAACUAGACAAAAUGAUAUUGGGGGUUUUGCUGAACUAUCUGGAUUGCACAUGCUAAAAAGUUCACAGAAACAGGUUGGUUCACCUUCCGAAGAGGAUUUGCUUAAUUGGGCUCAUCAUGUAUCUCCAACUACAGUUCCUGAUGUUCUUUUUCAAGCUGCAGCCGGUGAUGAGGUCUCUUUUGUGUUUACAAAUCAAAUAGAGGGGAAGCUUGUCCCUCAAGAAUCCAUGCAGACUAAGAUACAAGAGAACAGUAGGACGCCAGUUCUUUGUUCUGAUUCAAAGGAAAAUUUGAAGCACGAUUCUUUGUUGUCAUCUGAACGGAAAACUUAUCUAUCAUAUCACGGAAGUCCUGUCAGGAAGCGGCCCUUAGGUUCACCUAAGCCUGUACAAGUGGCUCCCCUGGAAUCGGUAAGAAGUUCCCUUAAAGAUCUGUCCAAUUUAUCAUGGAGGCCUAAGACACUUCUCAGCAGGCAGCUACCUCUGAAAAGAACAUGUCAUUUUCGAGAAAGUGACAAUGUGAUGGACCAAUAGCUUGGAUCAGGCUCCAAACUCAUUGGUAAGAGGGUUAAUGUGCUUAUCUUUCUGUUGACCUGGAAUCAACAGACAAGGGCUAAAGGACCCAGAUGUAAUAUGCAGGAGCUUACAUGUUCCUGUUUUACUGUUCUUAAAAGCACGCUGCACGCGUUACACCAAAAGUUGUGUUUGGACAUGAAAUGCUGCUCUCACAUCUUCUGGAGAUACUUUUUCUCAAAUCUUAUUCACUUAUGCGCAAAGUAAAUCCAAAGCUAGGGUUCAAGAAAGGGGACUAAUAAGAAUUUCUUGGCUGAGCCCACUCAGGACUGGAACACCGAACUCUGAGCCAGAAUCUUAAGCUGAGCUGACACACAGAUGUACCUAGGAAAAUGCACCCAAGGUAUGCGCAAUCAUACUUGUUUAAGGAUAAGUAUGCCAUUCCCAAUCCCAGUGUAUGGUGACACACUUGAAGCCUACUGGCCUAGUAAAAGAAAAAUUAAGCAGAUAUGAAUGUGUGAUAUCUUAAUUGUUCAUGGUGUGUAAUUAUAGCUUCUACAUCGUAUUAUGUUCUCUUUCUUUCAACUUUUUGUUGGCCUUUGUUUAGAAACGAUUACAUUCUUUAGUUGUUCACUAGAGUGUUGCUCAUAAAAUGUAAAGUUUGUUAUAGACAUGUUCAGAUUUAACAUAUAAGAAGGUAUAGGUAAAUGUUUCAAAA